AUGGUGGCAUCUCCAGAGUUCGUCACGCCAGGCCCCAGCGACACAGUAUCAAAGCAAAGUGAGAAUGAACUCGACCAGGAGGCACCUCCUCCAGCCACUUCUCCGAAUGAUAAAACUGCUGAUAGGUUCCCUGAAGGUGGCCUCAAAGGCUGGCUUUGCGUCCUUGGCAGCUUCAUGGGUCUACUCGCCAGUCUGGGCCUUGUCAACUCCCUGGGCUCAUUUCAGGCCUACUUGGAAACCCACCAACUGCAAGAAUAUGACUCUGGAAAAAUCGGCUGGAUCUUCAGCGUCUAUACUUGUCUAACUUUCUUUUGCGGUGUUCUGGUCGGUCCCAUCUUCGAUGCCCGAGGUCCUCGAUCAUUGGUUCUUCUCGGCUCUAUCUUGAUACUUGCGACAAUGGUCAGCCUUGGAUUUUGCGUCGAGUACUGGCAUUUCAUGCUAUCCUUUGGCAUAUGUGGAGGCUUGGGAACGUCGCUUGUCUUCACGCCUGCCAUAGCAGCUGUCAGUCACUUCUUCUUCGAGAAGAGAGGAAUCGCAACAGGAAUCGCAGCAGGGGGUGGUGCGGUAGGAGGUAUUAUUGUUCCUCUCACCCUCGAGAGUCUCUUUGGGAAGAUCGGCUUUGCCUGGGCAACGCGUGUUGUUGCUCUUGUAUGGCUGAUUUCCCUUGGUCUUGCUUGUGUCACAAUUACAUCUCACCUACCUACGAAGCCAUUUUCGAAAGAGAAUAUCCUUCCAGAUCUUCGAAUCUUUCGCAACAUUCCAUUUCUCAUGACGACUCUCGCCGUUUUCUUUGUGGAAUGGGGAAUCUUCAUUCCAAUCUCAUACAUCUCCUCAUACGCGCUGGCCCAUGAAGUACCGUCCAAGUUGUCAUAUCAGCUUCUUGCCAUCAUGAACGCUGGCUCAUUUUUCGGUCGCGUGCUUCCCGGUUACUUCGCUGACCGUUUGGGAAGAUUCAACGUCUUGAUCAUCACCGUUGCCCUCUGCCUUCUCUCCAACAUUUGCCUAUGGUUGCCAGCGUCGGGAAGCGUACCACUAUUAGUGAUAUACAGCUGUACUUUUGGCUUUUUUAGUGGCAGCGGUAUUAGUCUCACACCCGUCUGCAUCGGGCAGUUAUGUGCAACAGAACAUUAUGGAAGAUACUACGCGACUGCUUAUACAGUUGUGAGUCUUGGGACUCUCACAGGAAUACCGAUUGCUGAUUCGGGUUACGGAGCUGCCAAGUUUGCCUUAAUCGGGCUCACUAAGACUCUUUGCGUUGAGGGCAAGGAGUACAACAUCUUUGUCAAUGCUGUCGCCACAGCUGGAUUCACCGACCAAAUCAUGGCGAACAAUGAGGCCAACCAGGGUCAGGAACUCAUGAAGCAGUUCGUCCCCUCUCCUGCAAUUGUAUGGCUUGUACAUGAAGAUUGCAAGAUUACUGGCGAGACCAUUGGUGCUAUGGGAAAGAUUGUGACUCGCAUUUUUGUAGCUGAGACGCAUGGCUUCCAGGGUGCUGCCGGGGAGGAAUGGACGCCUAAGACGGUACGGGACAACUGGAAAAAAGUAGACGACGGAAAGGAAUUUGGUAUUUGGAGAAAUACUAAUGAAAUGGAAGCAGCAGUCUUCCCCCGUCUUAUGGGCGCCUAG